AUGAAGUUCAGCGCACUCCUCAUCGCCAGCACGGCAUCUCUCGCCCUCGCCGUACCUACCGCUACCGUCCAGAAGCGUGCAGACUACUGCGGCCAAUGGGACAGCACCGUGACCGGUGACUACACCGUCUACAACAACCUCUGGGGCCAAGCCGACGCCACAUCCGGUUCUCAAUGCACCGGCGUUGAUGGUCUCAGUGGCAAGACCCUCAAGUGGCACACUUCAUGGUCCUGGACUGGCGGCCCCGGACACGUUAAGUCCUACGCAAACGUCGUGACAAAAAUUACCCAGAAGGCUCUCUCAUCCAUCAAAUCCCUCCCUUCAGUCUGGAAAUGGUCUUACGCCGGCGAUGACCUCAUCGCAAACGUCUCCUACGACCUGUUCACCUCCUCCAAAGCUGGCGGUGACCCCGAGUACGAGAUCAUGAUCUGGGUCGGUGCUCUCGGAGGCGCUGGUCCCAUUUCCGCCACGGGCAGCCCCAUUGCUACCGUGACCCUGGCUGGCAACAGCUGGAAGUUGUACAACGGCAAGAACGGCCAGAUGAAUGUGUUCAGCUUUGUUGCUGAGAAGCAGAUUAACAGCUUCAAUGGCGAUUUGAUGGAGUUUGUCAAGGAGGUUACUGGCAAGCAUGGUAUGCCCAGCAGCCAGAUCUUGACAAGUGUGGGAGCUGGCACUGAGCCUUUCUCUGGUAGCAAGGCGAAGCUCAGUGUUACCGAGUACAGCUUGAGCAUGAGCUAG